AUGGUACUCGCAUGCUUUGUUGACCGAUACCUGCAAAUCAUUUAUUAUACUAUAUGAACUGGAGGGAAAUGGUUCAGGGGCCAUGCAACAUAAAAAAAAUAAAUAAAUGAAAAAACGUAAUAAACGUCAUUAACAUUAAAAUGAUUAAUGAUGGACCUGAUACAGUCAAGUUGAAGGCUGUCUCUUGGAGAAGUUGUUCCCAUGUAAGCUGCUAAAGAAUGUUUAAGUAUCAGAUCCGGAUGUUUUUCAAUGAAAUCAAAGUGCUGGUACUGUUGCAAUCCGGAUCUACAAGGAGGACUGACACAGGCACAGACCCGGACACACAGACCAGGAUGAGAGGGCUAGCUGUGGGGAGCUGUGGUUGUUCCCCCCUGAACUGCUCUCGACUGGACGAUGAGGAAGAGUACUAUGGCUCUGAGCCCCGGCCACACAGCUUGGCUUUUGAGGAAGGAACCACAUCUCAGGGACCAGGAGAAGGAACGGGAGGAGGAGGAGGAGGCCUGGAAGCAGCUUCCCUCCCCAGUCUGUCAGAGUGUGGGAUGCGAUCCUUGCAGUGCCGGAUCUGCUUCCAGGGGCCAGAGAAGGGGGAGCUGUUGAGCCCUUGUCGCUGUGACGGCUCUGUGCGCUGCACUCACCAGUCCUGCCUUAUUCGCUGGAUCAGUGAGAGAGGCUCCUGGAGCUGUGAGCUCUGCUUCUUCAAUUAUCAUGUCCUGGCCAUCAGCACCAAAAACCCCCUGCAGUGGCAGGCCAUUUCUCUGACUGGGAUUGAGAAGGUUCAGAUUGCAGCCAUCAUCCUGGGCUCUUUGUUCCUCAUGGCCAGUGUCUCCUGGUUCGUGUGGUCGUCCCUCAGUCCUUCAGCCAAAUGGCAGCACCAGGACCUUCUCUUCCAGAUCUGCUAUGGCAUGUACGGCUUCAUGGACAUAGUUUGCAUAGGCCUUAUAAUCCAUGAAGGAUCGUCUGUUUUCCGGAUCUUUAAGCGCUGGCAGGCAGUGAACCAGCAGUGGAAAGUGCUGAAUUAUGAGAAAGCGAAGGACUUAGGUGACCCAGUCAGCUCCAGCAGUCCAACAGGUGCUGGUGGUGUUGAGAGAAACAGCGUCACAGACAGCAGCCAGAGGACGAGUCGACAUGUCAGGACUAUUCUCAAUCACCACUGUGGCUACACUAUUCUGCACAUCCUCAGCCAGUUAAGACCCAACAACCUGCACAGUGCCAACCAAGAGGUGGUCAUGAGGGUAACCACUGUAUGAGGCCACCUUACACAGACAAAAGUACUCCAACACAAAAGAAGGGGAUCAAAGUGUUGAUUGGGAUUUAUUAAAAAAUAAUCCUAAUCUGCCACAUUAACACUGCCAAUACACUUCUAGUCUCAAUUGUUUUUUGCAUAAUAUCCCUGAACUAUAAGUGGACAAUAAAAAAAUGUUUGCUGGGAUUUGGGUAAAGGUAGAACUCUGUUGUUUUUAAAGACAGACUGUGAAAACAUGACAAUGAGGAAAAAAAACACUUUAAUUUUAAGAUUUUGUUAUUUGACUGUUUUUUUUUUACCACCAAGAAAAGUUUUACAAAAUGUGAUGAGCUGUUGUCAAUCCUUGUCAUGUUGCACCAGAAAUCUGGUGUUUUUUUUACUUUAAUAUUUACUUCUAUAUAUUACACUGUUGCUUAAAAUAUACCCUUUGGUUUCAUGUUUUGUAUUAAAGAUAGUGUUGAUAUCAAAGGGAGACUUGGUGCUUAAUUUUGUUUCUCAUUUUUAGAGUGAGGUAGAAAUGAGGGAGAAAUAAAUGUUAUA